AUGUCUGGCGCAAGGCAUUGGGAGCAAGACAAAGAGGCCACCGUUUAUAUCGGAAACCUCGAUGAGCGGGCCUCAGACAGCCUCGUAUGGGAAUUGAUGUUGCAGGCCGGGCGCAUCGUGAACGUCCAUCUGCCGAAGGACCGGGUUACGCAGUUACACCAGGGGUAUGGAUUCGUUGAGUUUAUCAGCGAGGAAGAUGCCGAAUAUGCAUCGAGAAUCAUGAAUGGAAUUCGCGUCUACGGAAAACCUCUUCGUGUGAACAAGGCAUCGGCCGACAAACAAAAGACUGUAGAAAUUGGCGCAGAGCUUUUUGUUGGCAAUCUCGAUCCCAUGGUCACUGAACAGGUGCUUUAUGAUACAUUCAGCCGUUUUGGUAACCUGAUCAAUCUGCCGAAGAUUGCUCGUGACGAUAAUAAUCUCUCCAAGGGUUAUGGAUUUGUCUCAUUCGCCGACUUUGAAUCUUCGGAUGCAGCCGUCGCCAAUAUGAAUGGUCAAUACCUGAUGAACAAACAGGUGUCGGUGCAGUAUGCAUAUAAGAAGGACGGCAAAGGCGAGAGACAUGGCGAUGAAGCAGAGCGAAUGCUGGCGACCCAGGCACGUAAGCACAAUGUCCAGCCUCCUACACAGCAGCUUCCGCCCCAGUUUGGUGCGCCUGGCCCCGUGUCAGCAACGCCUGUCAUGUCGAAUGGUGACAUUUCACGACCCUUGAGUACCGCACCAUCGCAAGCACCCGACCUCGGCAUGGGUCGUGCUUUGCCAGCUAUGGGUUACCAGAGUGUCCCUCCUCCACACAACCGACCUGUCCCUCCUCCCGCCCCGUCGCUCAACACGCCACCACCUGGCCUUCCCGCGCGGCCACCGCGAUCUCAAGCCGGCUACGGUGGUCCUCAGACCUUCUUACCGCCGGGAUUCAAUGGUGUUGGCCAGCCGCCUUUCAACCCACAAACUGCGCCACCUGGGUUUGGGCCACCUGGAUUUGGACCUCCGACUGGUGCGCCUCCACUACCACCAGGCUUCCAACAGCCCGGAUAUGGUGGCAGCCGGUGA